AUCGAAUCAAAGAUGGAUGAAACUUCGAACCACCGUGCAGCUUAGUUCGGCGAUACAGAAAAAACCACCUUUGAAGAGAGAAGAUUCGUUUUUGAAGAGAUUUUCGACUAGACAGACGCCGGCGACGCAGGAAACAGUAGAAGACACAGGGUCAGAAGGCGCGACAGGGGAGCAUAGAUCGACGAACCGCCAGCGACGGAGGAAGGUCCGAGCCCCACGAACAGUCAUCAACCCUGACAAGAACUUCUACUUCUAUUGGCUGUGUUUGGUCACCAUCUGCGUCCUCUACAACCUGUGGACGCUCAUCGUGAGGCAAAGCUUCCCCGAAUUACAGAUCAUGUGCCACUACUUCUGGGUGACCUUCGAUGGCUUCAGUGACGUAGUUUUCGCGUUGGACCUCAUCGUACAACUAAGGACCGGGUACUUGGAACAAGGGCUUAUGGUAUACGACUCAAAGAAGCUAGCAAAACACUACUUGACAUCACGUUCGUUUCUACUUGACCUGCUGGCGCUGAUACCGCUCGAUCUCCUGCAGCUAAAAAUAGGCACAAACCCGAUCAUACGCUGCCCAAGGUUUUUGAAGGUGUACAGAGCUGUGAGCUGCUACUACAUAGUGGAGUCGAGGACCGUGUAUCCCAACUUCUGGAGGGUGAUCAACCUCAUACACAUCCUCCUGAUCUUGGCGCAUUGGUUCGGCUGUUUCUACUUCUUGCUGUCGGAGGCUGAAGGAUUCCAGGGAGACUGGGUGUACCCUCACCGGCCUGGUGACUACGCGACCUUGACCAGGAAGUAUCUCGGGUCGCUGUACUGGUCGACUCUCACCCUGACGACUAUAGGCGACCUACCAACUCCAGAGACCAACGCUGAAUACAUAUUCACGAUAGUCAGCUACUUGAUAGGCGUGUUCAUUUUCGCCACAAUAGUGGGCCAAGUGGGCAACGUCAUUACCAACAGGAAUGCCAAUCGGCUAGAGUUUGAACGACUUCUGGAUGGCGCCAAGACUUACAUGAGACAUCAUAAGGUGCCAGGUGGAAUGAAACGCCGCGUGCUGCGAUGGUACGACUACUCGUGGUCCAGGGGUAGAAUCCAAGGUGGAGGAGACAUCAACACAGCGUUGGGCUUACUUCCUGAUAAACUCAAAACUGAACUUGCAUUGCACGUCAAUUUGAGUGUAUUGAAAAAAGUCACAAUAUUUCAAGAAUGCCAACCAGAGUUUCUCCACGACCUUGUACUCAAAAUGAAAGCUUAUAUCUUCACUCCUGGAGAUUCAAUUUGUAGAAAAGGUGAAGUGGCACGAGAAAUGUUCAUAAUAGCAGACGGAAUAUUAGAAGUCAUCUCUGAGACCGGACGCGUGCUAACAACCAUGAAGGCGGGGGACUUCUUCGGCGAAAUAGGCAUACUGAACCUCGACGGGCUUAAUAAGCGAACAGCAGAUGUACGUUCAGUAGGAUAUUCAGAACUAUUCUCGUUAUCAAGAGAAGAUGUGUUGGCAGCCAUGAAAGACUAUCCGGAAGCCCAAGAAAUACUACAAACGUUGGGAAGAAAGCGUUUGCAAGAAGCAAAAAACAUGUCGCGGAAAUGUGCUAAAGGUGAAACUAGCCCGGACAAAAUGGCCGGAGACGACAGCGCAUCAAAGAGGAUAGUUCACAAACUACGCAGUGAUGUAAAGGGUAUCCGCAAUGCCAUCCGAAGCAGAUCAAGAGGAGCUCGUCGUUCAGGGGAAUCUUUGGAAUUACAAGCACUCGCUGGGGCAGAAAGAACAACCACUGAUGGCAAAGUGCUGAGAAGAAUGCCACGAGUCGAGAGCGAUGACUCUCAGCACCAUGGACAUCAUGAUGAUAACGGUGAAACAACAUCUGGUAGCAAAGAUGGUGAAAAAUGCAUAUCACCUAUCGGGGCAGGUUUACCGCUGCUCUCAAGAUUGAAGCUACUUAAGGAAAAACAGGAUCGUGAAGAAAAAGUAGCAAAACAAAGACAUUCGACAUCUUCAGUGGUAUCACUAACAGCUCAGCCAACACCUUCGACUAGUGCUGCACCCGACAGCGAACCAGAAGUCAUAGGGGCUGGCCUGCCUUUAAUCCAACGAUUAAUGCUCCUAAAAGCUAAAGAAGAACGAGAGAAAAAUCAACUAACCCCAAUGACCAGCAAUCAACCUUCCAGUUCGGACACGAUUAGCCCCAGUUCUAUAAAAAGCCCUCUAAGCCCAACAAUUAAAACUUUAAGCCCGAUCAGAAAAGGUUCUGAAUCAAGUUCUCCGGGAAAACUUCAAAGUCCUACCGCAAAAAUGUCUAGGAAAAACUCGUCAGGAUCCAGCGAUGGCGCAUCGCGACCAAAAGUUAGUUUCAAGGAUAAAAUAUUACAAGUCCAAAGUGAUGGUACCGCUGUGUGUCAGCCACUUAACAAAGAUAUCAGUGAAAAGCCAGCUGCAGUUGUAGAACCUACACCAAAAACAGAAAGCAAUAUGAUAUCUAUUCCACAUUCCGUUGUAAGUAAAAUAAAAUCACCGGCGAAGGCAGUUGGCUCAACAUUUAGAGACAAAUUAAAAUUAUUACAAAGUGGAAAAGAUAGUGAUACAUCUGCAGAAAAAAAUAAAGCGCCAUCGGUUGAAAAGGCUGCUAUCGAAAUAACACCAUUACAAACAACAGAAAGUAAAGAAGAUUUAAAAAGUAAAAAGCCAUGGUCUAAACUUAAGAAGGCAGCUAUACUAGGAGAUUCAAAAAGUCAAAGCAAAUCUAGCCUUGACGAGAAGAAAGAUGUUGAUAUCAAUAAGGAAUCGCAAGGAAGCGAAACAGAGACAGCUGUAAAUAUAUGUGUGCCUAUAGUAACUACGGCGGAACUUGUUAAAAUAGACAAUAAUAAUGUUGAAGUUGGUAGCGAUAGUGAUAAGUCGGAUAAAGGUAAGGUUAUUAUAACAGGCCCUUUGGAACCCGUCCAAGAGAAAUCUUUAGAUUUAUUAACGCUAUCGCCCAAAAAGAACGUUGUGAAAGCGCCUGAAAGUAAACCAAUGACACCAGGAAUGUUAUUACCUAGAGUUAAGAAAUAUAGAUCAAUUGAUGACUUAUCUCCAGAAUACGGCGGGUUGCCGUUUGUGAAAAAAUUAAAAAUUUUAAACGAACGCCAAAAACUUGCUGAACUAGAAAGAGUUGUCAAAUUUCGAAGCUCUAGCCUAGACUGUACUAGUUCAUCUGAAGAUUUACUUUGUGAUACGUUAACGAGGAGUCAUUCUGAGGGUAGCACCAUGGACAAAAGGAAAUAUAAACGAAAAUCCAUAGACUCUCUCGGUAGUCACGAAUCAAAUGAAACUCUAGAAAGGCGAACAUUGAAAUCAAUUCUUAAAAAACUAUCCGAAGAUGUUACACCAGCUGAAAGUCCAGAACGAAGCAUCGAAUUGAGGAGAUUAAUUCGAGCGCCGACUAUAGAAGGAUAUGCUGCAAGGCAUUCAAAAUUCGCAAAAAGUGUAACAUUUCACCGGCAUACAUUGCCUUCGCCACCUGCCAGUGCCCCCGCUGAUGCCCAAAGUAAUAUUUUUCAAAUGCCUGAUGUUACCACCCAAACUACAGUUAGCAACAUACCACAGGUAUCUUCUACAUUAACAACAGAAGUAGGUGAAGCAACACCUGACCCGUGCAGCCAAAUCACAGGACCUACUGAGGAUCCUGUAGCACCUCAAGAGAUCGAAGCUAAUAUAAGAACUGAAAGCAAUUUACAACCAAAGACGGAACCCGUUUAUGAUUUUAAAAGCUUAAGACCUGAAGAAAUAAAAGUGCCUUCAGAGAAACCGAAACUUACUUUAAUAUCGGCAGUUGCUAAUCAGAGGAAAUUAUUACGAGGAUCUUUGGAAGAACAGGAAUAUUUUGGUGAAGUUUUGUUAGGUAUAAAACAAGUAAUCCAAGGCCAUUUGCACGAUGUACAAGGAAAAUUUCAAGAGAGGUUUAAUAGUUUAGAAAAUGAAGUGAGAAAACGCGAUGAGAUAAUCAGUCAACUUCAAAAACGUAUCCAGGAAUUAGAAAGGUUAGGUUUAUCAGGAAUUAGCCCAACAUCACAGCAACCCGGAACUGAGAUAUCUCCCACUGACAUCGGUGUUACUAUAAGUCAAAGCAUAACCAAAAAUGGUAGUUCAGGAAGUGAAGAUGCCUCUGGUGCAGAAGAAGGUUUCAUGAGGGGUGACUCCUUAGACACAGUAUUUGCAACCUCACCCCCCACAGCAAGUGCUGAUGAAGAAGACAAAGAAAAGAUGGUUGAAAAAGAAGAAGCCAUCGUCGAAACAUCUGAAACAGAAGACCUAACAGAUGAAAAACUAAGCGAAAUGACUGAAGGAAUUGAGUUAGGUAAACUAUCGUAUUCAGAAUUGCAAAGCCUCGCUGAAUCAUUAUCCAAUAGGGCAGAUAAAUCAAGUAGAGAAGAUUGGACUGCUAGUAAAUCUAAAAGGCUGGAUCUCAACCUUGAUGGCAAGGCUGGGACCUAUUCGAGGAAGAGGGCUGCUAAGCUGAAACAAAGGAAGUCUUGGGAGGACCAGAGCGACCAGGAGAGCAUGGAAAUGCAAGAUCUAACGAGACCAUUAUCCCCACACACAACUUCUGAAGACCGAUCCUUACUCAGCCCGGAGCAGUCGAGUCUACGUUCGAGCAGGCGCGGCAUGCCAUUCCAUUUCUUCGGCUCCCACCUCGGCAACACAAAGUCGAAGAUCAAGAAGACUUUGUCUGUUGAUACUGGGAUGCAUCACACAGGAAGGCAUGAAAGGAAACAUGGACGGCAACGCCAACAUCGCAAGUUCAGUCUCGGUUCCUUCUUCGGGUACAAUCGAGGACAACCAGUUGUCAAGCCAACUAGCAACUGCAACGAAGUGGUCUUAGACAUGGGAAGCGACUAUAGCUGGAGCGAUACAUCAUCAACAUCAUCAAGCAGUGAUGAAUCGUUGCCGCACACGCCGGUGUUCGAAGAGUUCGUAGAGAACACUUCCCGCCGACGUCGAGCGAGCAUGUCUAGCCACGGGAGCCAAUCGCCUAUCAGAGCAUUACCUGGAAGUGGUGGCGACUGGGAAGUAAUGAUGCUCGCCGACGAACUGGAGAAAAGGGAACGCGAAGAAGCGAGACGUCAUCUCUAUCCAAGCACGUUACGUGAAUUGGAAGAGGAAUCCGACACUCCACAGCGCGACGAUAGCCCAGACGAGUUCUCAAACGUUGAAGACUCAAACUCUUCAUCCACGACUCAUCUGCUGUCGCAAUCCAUCAGCGACCCAUCGCAAAGGUCCCUGGAAACUUGUUUCACCGAGCCGACAAGUAGACCAACAAGGGAAACCAGGCAUCGUAUGGGAUCUCUAGGAGAACCUGUAAGGCCUGAUUCGUCGCUUCGUCAAUCAAGAGGACUUAUUCUCCGAGCAGCGAGCUUGGACCGCGGGACUACACCAGCCACUUCGCAGGCUCGAAGAUUUGGAUCCCUGAAGAGUUCAAGCACUGAUUCGCAUAAGAGACUCUGAUCCGUUACGCAAAACGGACUUGAAUCCAGGUCCGAUUUCAAAAUAAUCAGCAGUUCUUUAUGCAUCGAUGGGGAAACGAAACAAUGUUUAAAAAAUAAAACCGCCGAAACGAGUAACGAAAUGAAAAGAAAUCAACUUAGAGGUUUGAAUUUGGAUAAGGAUAUGGUUAAGAACGAAGAAGACAGUAAAUGUAGAGAGAAAAAGAAUGAUAAAUGUAAGCAGGGAAUUAAAUUAAUAAAUAAAAAUAAGAGAGAAGGAGCAAAAAUUCCAAAAAAUAAAGCAAAAUCAACAGAAAAUUUAUAUAUGUCCAAGAAAGAACCCGACCGGCCGACCGGACACGAUUAUGACAAUAUCGAAUGCAAUAAUUGGACACCUUUAAAACAAGUUGAUAUAACAUCAAAUGCGAACGUUGGCAAAGAAGAAAACAUAGAUAGAAAUGAUUGUUCUGGCGAUAGUUUAAAGAAUGAAAAUAAAGCUAACGGAGAAGUCAAGAACACGAGUACUAGUAAGGUAAAUGAGGGAGUUAGAAAUCCAGUAACAAUAGAAAAUGAUGGUGAUACAAGAGAGAUUAGAAAUGUAGGCAACGGACGAGAGAAUAUAAGUCCUAAUGAAAUCGACCGGCAAACUGACGGUCAAUUAUUACUUGUGAUUGUUAUGUUCUUUGAUGAUUAUGAUUUCGUUUUUUUCUUACUUUUACAAUAAGUGUUAUGCAUGGUCUUUGUAUGUACGCAACAGUCGACUUCGAAUCUCUAUUUGAUGAUAAAUUUAAAAAUCAGUAAAACGAAUCGACUGUUGAGAUGAAUGAAAGAAUAACUAUACCAAUCUCUAAUAUAAUCUUUAAAAUUUUGUAGUAUUUCUUCUAUCUCUUUAGUAAUCAAUUUAGUCCUAUUAGACUUUUAGAAGUUAAACUUCAUAGUUUAAUUUAUAGUGACUUAGUCUCGCUGGUUGAAAGCAUGCACAAACUAAGUGUACCAUUAAAAACAUUAAUACAGCAAUUGAAUAACAAGAGAAUAUUAACAUCAGUAUCAUUAAAUCUAGAUGUAAGUCAGGACAAAUAAUCUGAACAUGCCUCAUUGUAUCUUAUUAUAGUUCCUGUUUACUGAUCAUUUCUAGUUUUAAAAUUUAUGUGACUACAGUUCCUGUAACUUAAAAUCACAGAUUAUAUGAUAAAGUUUAUUCCAGAUUAUAAAUGUUUGAUUAUUUAGCAUUAAGACCUCAAGUUUUGCUUAAAGUAUUAUAAUUGCGGUAAAUAAUGAAGCACAAUACAAUGUCAUGUGACGCUGCGACAGCUCUUACGUAGGUUUUAAGUUAUGUUUUAAUCUUAGCAGAUAUUUUUACAUCAUCUCAAUGUUAGAUAGUGUAAAUAUUUUAAUAAAAUAUAUAAUAUAGUAGAUAUAUGUAAAUCUCUAUUGUGCCAAUACAAAUAGACACAUAAAUCAGUAGUUUCUUUCGGAGUUCUAACAUAAACUUUAAGUCUGUAAAUAUUAGCGAAAUAUGUUCUAUUUAAAUAUCUAUUGUUAAAUAGUAUUACAUCUUUGACAGAUUUGCUAUAAGUAAUAACAUAUUGUAAAAUUAAUGUUAGUAAUUUAUAUUCUCUUUGGAAAUUAUAUUCUCGAAACAAGCAGAUUGUGACGCGUUUAAAAUAAAGCUGUAUAUGAUAUUUUUCUCGAUAAAAUGUAACCGAACAUAACUUUAAAUACCAAA